AUGUACGGGCGUGACGCAGAUGUUAAAGUUCCUAGGAACUUUCGUUUACUCGAAGAGCUCGAGAAAGGGGAACACGGGCUUGGAGACGUGUGCGUCAGCUAUGGCCUUGUGGAUGACGACAUGACGCUCUCGAACUGGACUGGCACGAUCUUGGGCCCACUCAACACGGUGUUUGAGAAUCGAAUCUACAACCUUCGGAUUUACUGCGGGCCAGACUAUCCGACAAAACCGCCUGUUGUUUUCUUUCGCACUCGUAUUAAUAUAAGCUGUGUGAACGGCGCAACAGGCCAGGUCGAUCCGACGCGUUGUGGCAUUCUGCACAACUGGACGCCGGACUGCACGCUGGAGACACUGCUCGUUGAGCUGCGACGUGAAAUGACUAGCGCAACCAACCGUAGACUGAACCAACCUCCAGAGGGGUCAGAGUUCCCGCCACCGCGCGACAUAGAGCGGUUUGGUUAG